UCUCAAAAUGGCGGACGAUUUGAAUUUUAGGAAAAGAAAAACAGAGGAAGGAAAAGAGAAAAAUGCUAAAAAGGUACGAACUGAUUCAAAAAAGAAACCAGGUUUUGAUAAGGAAAAAUUUCAAGAGACUGAAUAUUAUAUUAAGGAUGGUUUACGUCAUGUCAAACCGUAUCCAUUUACAUUCACCACUUACUGUAAAGGACGCUGGCUUCGAAGAAAAAUUCUCGAUGUUUUAUCUCAGGAAUUCCAGGCUAAAACAAUUGAAUAUUAUAGAAAAGCUAUUCAGACAGGAAAUAUUACAGUGAAUGGUAAUCACGUAAAUGAAGAUUCAAUCCUCAAAGACAAUGAUGUUAUUUGCCACAAAGUUCAUAGGCAUGAACCUCCUGUGACAGCAGUACCUAUCCAAGUUAUCUCUGAAACAGAAGAUCUUGUCGUUGUUAACAAACCAUCAUCUAUACCUAUUCAUCCCUGUGGAAGAUAUCGGCACAACACUUUGGUAUUUUUGCUUGGAAGAGAGUUUGGCUACACUAAUUUGCAUACUAUCCACAGAAUUGACAGAUUGACUUCAGGAAUUGUCAUGUUUGCAAAGUCAAAAGAAAAAGCUCAGCAGUUAGAAAAACAACUACGAGAACAUGAACUACAAAAAGAAUAUGUUUGCAAAGUGCAAGGGGAAUUUCCAAGUGAUAAGAUCGAUUGCUGUGAGCCUAUUGGGGUCAUUUCACAUAAAAUUGGUGUGUGCCGUGUUCAUGGGGAUGGUAAAUCCUGUAGAACAGUCUUUACUAGAGAAUCAUUUGACGGAACAAAUAGUAUUGUUAAAUGUCGUCCAUCCACAGGUCGUAUGCAUCAAAUACGUGUUCACCUGCAAUGGCUGGGUUACCCAAUUAUAGAUGAUCCAAUAUACAAUCAUGAGGCCUGGGGACCAGGCAAGGGCAAGGGGGGUGUGAGUGAAGAAAUAGCUUUUAAGAUAAUUGAAUCCUUAACCACAUCAUUACAAAACAAUGAUGUUGACCUGAAUUCAAAAUCUAAUUCUGAAGAAAGUUCAGAGGAUUGUACGAAAUUGCAAGAACCAACAGUUUCAGCAGCAAGCACAAAUCAGGAGGACUGGAAGCAAACCAAGGUGCCAGGUUGUACUGAGUGUCAAAUACAGCAAUGUGAUCCUACACCAGCUGAGUUGACAAUGUGUCUUCAUGCUGCUGUAUACAAGGGUCCUGACUGGGAAUACAGAUGCCCCUGGCCUGACUGGGCAUUACCAACUGUGGAUGCACAAAAAACAAAUUGAAGUAUUGAACAUAAUUUAUUAGUUUCAUGAAAUGAAACUUUAGUAUGUAACAACCGUUGUGGGGUUAAAUAUAGAUGAUUGUGUAGGUAUUGUCUUUAUGUUGUACCAGUAUUCUAUUUUAAAAGUAAAAAUAAUUGAAACUAAAGAUCUCACAAUGCUAAUUUUAAUAUUCUUCCUUAUAAAUAAUUAUCUUAUAAAUAAUCAUAACUCAUAAAUCUGUAGUUGGUUUUGAUUUAAAUUUCUUUGAUGUCCUUUCGGCUGAUCGUACUUUAAGUUGGUUACCAUAAAGUGUACAUAAAUAUCCCUCAAUCUCGAUAGUAAACACACUGUUUGCCUUGGGCAGAGCUGAAAGAGAAACAAGGUAGAUAUAUUAAGCAUAACAUAAACAUGCACUGGAUAUGUAUGUACAUAGAGCUGAUAUAGACUUACUUUUAAUCUGAUCUUGUUUGGUGAUAAUUUUAAAUACAUUUUUUGUUUC